AUGUUACUGAAUUAUAUUUCAUUUUUAAGUGUUUUAAUUAGCACUACAGCGUUUCAUGACUACGAGUAUGGCGAUGAUUACGAACACGAUAGUGAUCAAUUUCGUGAACAGGGUAGAUCGUAUCCACAGAGUCCGAUCAUUGACGCAGUUUUGAAAUCAUACGCUCCUAAUUACGUGCCGAAAAAUUCUGAAGACAUUUUUGAUUUUUUGAGAGAUUCAUACCCACUGCCCGCAGGUCUUCAGAGUCCCUAUGAUGAAUAUGACUUCAUUAUCGUAGGGGCGGGCUCAGCAGGCUCUGUUUUAGCUUCUAGACUAACAGAAGAUAAGAACACCACGGUCUUGCUUAUAGAGGCCGGGAAGCCAGAAAUGAUAUUAACUGACAUUCCAAUUAUGGCACCAUAUUUUCAAUCAACAGAAUAUGCCUGGCAGUACUAUAUGGAACCCCAACCUGGAGUUUGUACGGGCAUGAUCAACGGUCGUUGUUUUUGGCCGCGCGGGAAGGCUGUCGGGGGUAGCAGCGUCAUCAACUACAUGAUAUACACGCGUGGUAGACCACAAGAAUGGGACAGAAUCGCGGCUGCGGGGAAUUAUGGAUGGUCCUAUAGCGAUGUUUUGGAAUACUACAAAAAAGGCGAGAGAGCUAAUCUAAACGGCUAUGAAAAAGAUCCAACGAGAAAUCGCAACGGAGAAAUGCCCGUUGAAUUUGCACGAUACAGAACCAAACUUAUCGAAGCAUUUUUGGAAGCGGGCAGAAUCCUUGGACAUCCAACAAUCGAUUAUAAUUCACCGCACCAAUUAGGAUUCGGUUAUGUGCAAACUACAAUAACCAAAGGACACCGACAAACUGCUGCGAAAGUAUUUCUGCAUAGACAGAAAACACGGCAAAACUUACACAUCUUGCCGGACACAUACGUCACUAAAAUACUGAUAAAUCCUCAAACUAAAACCGCUUACGGAGUCGAAUACGUACGCAACCGAUUAAAACAUAGUGUACUAGCACGUAAAGAAGUAAUUCUAUCUGCUGGUCCCAUAGCAUCCCCCCAGCUACUUAUGUUAUCCGGCGUGGGCCCCAAAGAACAUUUAACUUCAAUGGGUAUACCAGUUCUCAAAGAUCUGCCAGUUGGAAAAACGCUUUACGAUCAUAUUUCUUUCCCCGCUCUUAUAUUCGAACUCAACACAACCGACGUCAGUUUGAACGAAAACAAGAUGCUAAAUGCUAAAUCUGCAAUUGAGUGGAUUAAAAAUGGUGACAAUGUUAUGUCAUCUCCAGGGGGCGUGGAAGGAAUUGGUUAUAUCAAAACUCCGGUCUCUAACGAUCUGGAUCCUAUACCAGACAUCGAACUGCUCAGCAUUGGGGGAUCUAUACUUGUCGAUGGUGGGCCUGGAGGUAGCAAAGCGGUAAGAAAAGGAAUGAGAAUUAGGGAUGCAGUUAUAGAUGAGGCUUUUGGAUCAAUAGACAGAAUCUCUAAAGAUACAUGGAGUGCUUUUCCCAUGUUACUACACCCAGUUUCCUUUGGAAGAAUCGAACUUAAGAAUAAAAAUCCAUUUAGUCACCCACGGAUGUAUGGAAAUUAUUUAACUCACCCAAAAGACGUGGCAACCUUCAUAGCUGCAAUACGUCAUGUACAGGCUUUAGUUGCUACACCGCCUUUUCAGAAACUUGGUGCAAAAAUACAUAAAGCUCCCUACCCAACUUGCCGUGACAUACCGUUUGACUCAGAUGAGUACUGGGAAUGCGCUAUUCGCACCCUCACUGCUACUUUGCACCACCAGAUUGCGACAUGUCGAAUGGGACCAAACAAUGAUUCAUUAGCAGUUGUAGACCCAGAACUAAGAGUAUAUGGGAUCGAAAAACUGCGGGUCGUAGAUUCAGGAGUCAUACCACGAACUAUAUCUGCUCAUACAAAUGCACCCGCGAUGAUGAUCGCCGAAAAAGCUGCUGAUAUGAUCAAGGCUACAUGGACACAUCCUUGACAUGUUUAAACUCUAUCUUUUUUUUAUUUAAGUAAUAAUUAUGUGGUAUAUUUUUUUU